UUUCAUCAAUUUUUCUCAUUCUUAAUAAAUUUGCAUUUUUUUUUGUUUUUCUGUGCGCGCGUUUUCUUCCCCCCAUUUUGACCUUUCCUCUUCCCCUUUCUUUUAUUUUGCAUAUUCCUCCCGGCAUUGAUUUAUUUCCCCUUUCCUAUUUUUAACAAUUCUCGUUCACUUUUCACCAGUUAACGGACUGAUGUGUUAGCCAUUACUAUUUCCCUGUUUCCAAAUCUUUUUAUUUUUAUUUCGCUUUUCCAUCUUUACGCUUGUGUUAUUGUAGGCAUUGGUCGAUCCAACUGGCUAGCAUUUAAAACGGUUAUUAGGCGGGUGUCAAAAAAUUUUAUUUUUUAUUGUGUUAUAGUCCCAUUUUUGCUUCUCCCAGAAUUCUGUUUGUUUUCUACUUUUUCUUUUGCAAGUUUUCUUUUCCCCUUUUUCCAAAAUUUGGCCCUUCUAGUCAAUCUUUUUUUGUUUUUCUGCUUCUAGUCUUUCUUCUUUCCCCUUCCAUUUUGCACCUGCAGCUUUUAUGGCACCAACUUCUUUUCCACCCCGUUCUCUUUCCCAAAAUUCACUCCUCUUCCCAGUUCACAAUCACUUCCAAAAUUUCAAUCUCCCCAAAAUAUUCCACUCUAAUUUUAUUAAUGGCUCUUUUUCAAUAUUUAAUCUUGAUCUUGAUGUUUGCUUCCGUUUCUUCCGAAUAUGAAGAUGCUCAACCCGCACUUUGUAAAAACUUUUUAAAUAAAUUGGGGAAAAGGGGUAUUAACAAUCAACAACAAUGGUCCCCAGAAAAUAGCAAAAGAUUGAAUGGGAUUUUGGCCCCGGGAUUUUUUAAAAGUUCUUUCGCAUCCUUUCU